GUUUAUUGGUAAAGUGUUCACUGGUAUCAUUCUACUUUCAGACCCGUUCAAGCACUUGUGUUUACUUCAAUGGCGGCUACUCACUUCCUGUCCCAACCCCUAAAAACCCAUCAAAACCCACUUCACAAAUCUCUCAAAACCCCAUUUUUCUCAAACCCCAAAAUCAUCCCCUUCAAGCCCACCUUCAAGAACCUAAAUCUCAGGGCAAUCUUGUCUGAAACCCCUGCAAAAACCCAGAAAUUUGAGCACUGUUUCACCAAAUCUGAGCAAGAUGGCUACUUGUACUGUGAGGGUCUUAAGGUUCAAGAUGUUAUGGAAAGUGUUGAAAGGAGGCCUUUUUAUCUAUACAGUAAGCCCCAAAUUACAAGAAAUGUUGAGGCCUAUGUUGAGGCUUUGGAGGGGUUGAAUUCUAUAAUUGGGUAUGCUAUUAAGGCUAAUAAUAAUUUCAAGAUUCUGGAGCAUUUGAGGCAGUUGGGGUGUGGAGCUGUCUUGGUUAGUGGGAAUGAGCUCCGGUUGGCGCUUCGAGCUGGUUUUGAUCCUACUAAGUGUAUCUUUAAUGGGAAUGGAAAGCUUUUGGAGGAUCUAGUGCUGGCUGCACAAGAAGGUGUCUUUGUCAAUGUUGAUAGUGAAUUUGACUUGGAUAAUAUUGUAUCAGCUGCUAGGAUUUCCGGAAAGAAGGUCAAUGUGCUUCUUCGAAUCAAUCCCGAUGUGGACCCUCAGGUUCACCCCUAUGUUGCCACUGGAAAUAAAAGCUCGAAAUUUGGAAUUAGGAAUGAAAAGUUACAAUGGUUUCUGGAUGCUGUGAAGUCACAUCCAAAUGAAUUGAAGCUUGUAGGGGCUCAUUGUCAUCUUGGAUCUACCAUCACCAAGGUAGAUAUAUUCAGAGAUGCUGCAGUCCUUAUGGUGAACUACAUUGAUCAAAUUCGAGCUCAAGGUUUUGAAAUUGAUUACUUGAAUAUUGGAGGUGGUCUGGGAAUCGAUUACUAUCACGCUGGGGCUAUACUUCCCACACCCAGGGAUCUUAUUGACACUGUUAGGGAGUUGGUUUUAUCACGGAAGCUCAACCUCAUUAUUGAACCUGGGAGAUCACUGAUUGCAAAUACUUGCUGCUUGGUUAAUCGGGUUACUGGAGUAAAAACGAACGGUGCCAAAAAUUUUGUUGUGAUUGAUGGCAGCAUGGCGGAACUCAUUCGUCCUAGUCUUUAUGAUGCUUAUCAACACAUAGAGCUAGUUUCUCCUGCACAACCUGAUGCCGAGGUUUCUACUUUUGAUGUCGUUGGACCGGUCUGUGAGUCCGCAGAUUUCUUGGGAAAGGAAAGGGAGCUUCCUACUCCAGCCAGGGGUGCUGGACUAGUGGUUCAUGAUGCAGGUGCUUACUGCAUGAGCAUGGCAUCAACAUACAAUCUAAAGAUGCGGCCACCAGAAUACUGGAUUGAUGAAGAUGGAACAGUGUCCAAGAUCCGGCACGGUGAGACUUUUGCUGACCAUAUGAGGUACUUUGAAGGUCUUUAGACAUGGUUUGUAUGGGAAAUGCUAUUGUUAUCCCUAUCAGGUAGGGUAAGGUAAGACGCAGGGCAAGUCAAGUGGCUUGUUCUUUGUUAUUGUUUUCAGUAUCUUCAGACUUGAGAAUGCUAGUUAAUUUGGUACACUCUUGUGUACAAAACAAAGGACAUGAAAAGCACAUGCUAGUACAUUGCAUGUUGAUUGUAUUCUUUGUGUUACAAUUGAAAAAGCUGAAACUUUAUGAAUA